AUGAGAGCCCUUUUGUUAUUCCCAUUUGCCUUGGGGUUAGGCUGUGCGGCAACCCGAACCAAAGAUAAUGGCUCAAGCAAGCCUCUACUCACAAUACCCCUUGUAUUUGGGGAAGGCUUUUGGUUUGGGAAUUUCACAGCUGGAGACGCUAUUGACUUGUCUCUGUUAAUUGAUACUGGAUCUAGCGAUAUCUAUGUCAAUCCAGAUCUUUACAAACCGUCAUCUGAAUCUCAUACUGUCAACCAGACAGUCUCAAUGUCGUUCAUUACUACAAAGCCAGACGGAUGUGGCGAAAUGAUACUUAAAAGCCAUGUGGUCACUGAUAAGCUAAUAGUCGGUCCUUAUACAGCCACGAAUCAGUCAAUUGGGACUGUCAUGGAUAUUCCGCAACCAAAUAACGAUACUAUAACCAAAUUUCCCGGCCAAGGCAUUAUUGGCUUGCUAGGAGAAUCAGCAGACGAUUCUUCAUUUGGCGGCACCCCCUUCUUUCAACAUUUGUGCGAUGAGGGUCAGGUGGAUGAGUGCCGAUUCGGCUUAGGUCUUGAGACCUCUGGGACAGGUAGUUUAAGCCUGGGUGGCGUUGAUCGUAGUCUUCUAAGUGGAGACAUGGCAACAGCUCCUAUAUACGGUCAGCAAUGGAUUAUUCAAGGUGGAUUACCAUUGGAUAUACUUGAUGUUGGUGUUCAACAGUCCAUGUUCUUGGACAGUGGAACUUCAAAUAUUAUUGGUAAUCGUACGAUGGUUAAAGCGCUCUUUGACAAACUUGGGAUUCAGAGUUUCACGAGAGAUGCUAUAGGCUGCGACGGCACUCUAUUUGGAUAUUACCCUUGCGAUUCUCCCCCGCACAUAGGAUUCCAAAUUGGAAAUAGCUCUCAAACAUUCUUUAUCGAACCUGAGGCCUUCAAGAUGGAAGACAACGGCAACAACAAUUGUACUGCUACCAUUACAGGCGGAAAUAUUGGAGCUGGGGGCUGGCUAGUUGGGCAGUCAUGGUUUCAAGGCAAAUAUAUCGACUUCGAUGUUACAGGCAGUCAAGUCGGCGUGACCAAUCUUCAUAUAUAA